UGCCGAGACUGUGGCUGCAAGGGUCACAUGUCUGCAAACUACGGAGGGUUUGCGAAUUUUAAUAUUUCCGCCAUCGCAAUGGCCAUCACCAAUUCUUCCUCACUAGGACCCCCAGCUCAGGGCCCUAUAACCGUCGCACCCCUCCAAAGUCAUUAUCCGCCAAGCCACGUCAGAGCCUACGACGACUCUGGCGCUCAAAUCUCCCUGAUACAAGAAAAUCGAAUCCCCCGAGGGGCUAACAUUGACAGACGUCAACUCAUCACCAUUGAAGGCAUCAACCAUAUCAAGCUGAUCCUUCCGACCGUACAAUUGAGAGUCACCAGACCUCACUUCUCCGAAUUAUGCACUCUUGCAGUUGCAAGCUACAUUCCAGGAGGUUAUGACCUCCUCCUAGGGCAAGACAUGAAGUCUCCCUCACAUUUCAAAAAGCCUAGGGGUCCUAACCCCACAACAAAUCACUCCAAAGCAAGGAGCCAUCCAAGACCUACUUCCUCCCGGAAGUACAGCCACCAACAGUCUUCCCCACUACCAAGGAGGGAGAUUGAUCAUUCACAGUUCCGUUGAAAAACCUGUAACAUAAUAGGGCACUCCACUAAUUGACCUAGGUGCCCUAGCAAGCUACCAUGUUCCACAAGGCUUAGCCUUCCAGAAGAGACAGGAACCUUUGUCUCCCAUUACCAAGGGUCCGCUGAGAGGUAUUGCACCUCCGGUACCCAUCACAGGUCCAGCUGACCUCAACUCUCUGCCAGUGCCACUUGGCAGCACUGAGCAGUGCCAAGCUCUGUCCAGCCUGGACGUUGAGCCACCACAAACCUUGACCUCUGUGCCUGGCCCCAAGCUAGUGCCAGCACCUAACCUUACCAAGGAUACUCCUACAGGAGAUCAUCCCACAGGCAUGGAGCUUACCACAGCCCAUGGCCAAUCCCAAGUCCAUGAGUCUUCUUCAACAUCACCUCUGUCGACUGAGGAUGAACCUCAGGCAGACCUUACCUUUACACCUCCUCUGGACGACCAGGAACUGCCCGACCAGGAGUCAGCCUGAAGUCUUACCCUUACGACGGCUGUCACAGCAGCCGAAGUGAGGGCCUCCCCUGCAGUAGGUUCCACCUCUAUGACGGUUGCUGCAGAUACCGAAGUAGGGUGUUCUUCCGAAAUCCCUCAGGCUACCACUGCCUCUGCUCCUGACAGCGUUUCUGGCCUUACCCCAGAGUCGGUGCCUCCGUCAACUCCUGGGACUGGUGUAGCCAGGCCCUGGAGGAAUAAGAAGAAGAAGAAGAAGAAGAAGGGACGUAGCAAAUUAACAAACUAACCAAAGAGCCACAUGCUCUCCUUGACACCUGUGCCUGAGGUACAGUGUCACAUUCAUUUGCAGAGUGAUCCUGGCACCUACCCAGAGAAGGUAGCCAGCCUGAUCUCUGUCAGUAGACUAACAAUUUAACCCACUAGAACAUGUAUCACUAACCCUCACUUAAAUAUAAUUACCCCAUUACAUUUCCAUCCUGGUACACUACUAACUGCUCAUCAUCCUCAUGCAUCAUUACCUCACCUUACAUACUUUAACAAUUCAGGUUCGAUAAACCACUGCUGUGCGUACCGCACUCUGGAAUGAUUGCGUCUCUACUUAACUGUAAUGAGUAGGUUAGGCUAAUAAUUUAGUACCAGGGCAUUAGGGUAGUAGCAAGGAGAGUUUUCAAAGUAACCUUUCAUAGGGGUAGACUAGACUGUCGUCACAGACGACCCGUAGUUCUCACUUAGGCUAGAUUACAUUAAUUCAGAGUUCGUAAACUUAGCAUCUCCACCUAUAAGUUAGGUAGGCCACUGUAGUUAGCCAUAUCGCUGCUCUAAAAACCUCAGUUAGAAUAGGAGAACUGGGUAGUCGAGACGAUCAAGUUAUUUAGCCAAGGCCUUCACGCCCGAAAGGGAGUGAAUGCCUUCUUAACAGGGGGAGCUGUUACAUUUAUUGAUCUCAUCGUCUACCCAGUAUUUAGUUAAAUAUUUUGAUUGCUAGAAAAGCAGCCAUUUACCCUAAUAUCAGCUGAUUUUAGGCAGGAACCCAAAGCAGGCCAGCCGUGGUUGCGGGAAGGGGGAAAUAAAGACUCUUGUCAGCCUUAGGGACGUAUCCCAAAAGGGAGGGUGUAGGUAGCUAGGUACUUCGUAGGCCUACUCCUAAGAUCUUUUAUCCUGUGAACUUCUUGUUGGCGAUAUGCUCUGUUUCCAGGAAUGCUGCCGGAAAGGGGGGAUAAGCUGACCCCCAACACCCAUGCUUAACCCAUGCAGUCGCUCUCAGUUGCCUCCAGUCGUGACCAUUAGGCUUCCCACGGCGCUACUGGCGCGCCCAGACCUGAGACAAAGCCAACGCCGCUUUCUACAAAGGUCCACUUACUAUGGCAUCCAGAUUUGCCGAGUCACGUGUCCAAGUCUUCGCGCCCGCAAGUGCUGCAUAACCGCAAGAUGAUAUGAAUAAUUUUGAAAACCAGCUUUUACGUGAAUCUCAUUUUAGCCAGCUAUCCCCUUGUCAGAGAUAAUAUUGUUCCCUGUGCGGACAAUCUGCAUUUACUCUUUCUCCAGGCCAUUAAACGGCCUCUUGUAAAUAAAUAAGGAAAAGAACUUUCUACAUUUAAUUCAUCUCAUCAUAACCAUAUUGGUACUUUUGACGUUGCAAACGCCAGCAGAAGUCAUCAGGGGAGAUACAAAUGCCGUGGAUUUAAGACCAAAUUAAGCUAUUACAGCGAAUUUAAUAAGGAACAGAGAAACAUUUAUCUCGAUGUUAUCAAGGAAAGAAGAAACAUUCUGCUAAAAAACUACAGGAAAGUUACGAUGGCCGGAGAUGCUUUCACUUUCGAUUGCUCCUACUUCGAUCCACCUCCCAAAGACAUCAUCUGGACAAAAGAUGGUCAGCCUCUUCCCAGUAAUUUCGGUGAAUUCAGGGAGAACAACCAGAUGAUAAUGAUCCCCCACCUAGAUCCCACAAUCCACACGGGACAUUAUGUAUGCGAGACUGAAAGGUGGGGCAGAUCUGUAAGGGGAUUUCUCACUCUAUUUGUGCAAGGGGAAGUAUCCAGCAAAACCCUGGAAGUUACCAUAGGUAUCAUUGCACCCUUCCUCAUCUGCCUCCUCGUGGUAGUUCUCGUGUUGCUGAGACGAGAUUUCCUAAAGAGACGGGAGACAGAGAAGAAUCUGGCUUUCCUCUUUCAGAAAGGACGGCCCAAUGAACUGAACCCAAACUGCACAGCUGACGGACAAGCCGAGCUCCUUCCUUAUGACCAUAACUGGGAAGUUUCUAGGGACCGAAUACAAUUGGGCCAGCAACUUGGAGCCGGUGCCUUUGGCCGUGUAGUCAAAGCCACAGUAUCGAACCUGGAGCCUGGGAUACCAAAAACAGCUGUUGCACUCAAAAUGUGCAAGAUGCAAGCAGAUACUACCCAGAUCACAGCACUGACCCAAGAACUGAAAAUUAUGAUUCACAUCGGAAAGCAUCUUAACAUUGUCAAUCUUAUGGGUGCUUACACAGCUAAUGUUGGCAAAGGAGAGCUAUGGAUUCUUGUUGAGUACUGCCGAUAUGGCAGCCUUCUCCCAUUCCUUCACUGUCAUCGGGUUAAUUUUGAGAAUGUCAUUGACCCCAUCACCGAUUUGGUCAACUUUAGUGGAAGAGAUGGUAAAGACAACAUUUCACCUUUCUCGCCCGUUCUCAAAUCUCCAAAAUCAGCCAAAUCUUCCAGUGACCCUCAGUCUGUCCAGACAGCUUCACCCACCAUAAAUACAAGUACAAGGCCAUGUGAGAUUUUAUUGAAGUCCCCAGCAUCCCCUAAAGUUCUCUUCUCAUCCUCAAAACCCCCCAAUGAAGACACGGGGGAUAGACAAUGCCAGGCGAGUUCUCCCAGGAUCUUUCGACUUGGGAAUUCCCUGCCCAGCAAAAUGAAGAUGGUACAGAAUCCUUCCUACCAAACGGUUCCAGCUGUGGAGAGCACAGCAGCACCCGAAGAAGGAUCAGCAGACAGAAGCAAGAAGGAGCAGUCUUUAAAAGUGCUCGACUCCCAGGGAAACUAUUGUAAGAGCACAAUUCCCGGAGUGACGUCAUCUUUCACGACUGUCGACCUUAUUUGUUGGGCUUGGCAAGUGGCUGAGGGCAUGGACUAUUUGACCCGCAGAAAGGUUUUACAUGGAGAUUUAGCAGCAAGAAACCUGCUUCUGGCUGAGGCCAAUGUUGUGAAGAUCAGCGACUUUGGCCUCUCAAGAGACAUCUAUAAAGACGACAUCUACCUUAAACAAACCAAUGAUCUCUUGCCAGUGAAGUGGAUGUCAAUUGAAGCCAUCCGUGACAAGAUGUUUUCCAUCCAGAGCGACGUCUGGUCUUUUGGAGUGACUCUAUGGGAACUCUUCAGUUUGGGGUCUACUCCAUAUCCAGGGGUCAAAAUUGACCGCACAUUCUUACUGAGUCUACAAGAUGGGUACCGAAUGGAGAAACCUGAAUACGCAAACAAUGACCUAUACAAAGUCAUGUGCCAAUGCUGGGAGAGCGCCCCUCAAGAUCGGCCUUCCUUUCGAUAUUUGGCCGACAAACUCAGCAAGUUGCUGAUGUCUGAGACUACUCAGUACUUCAACAUCAAGAAUGGAGAGUACCUGAACAUGAAUAAGGAGCGUUUCAAGCACGAGACAGAUUACUUGGAGAUGGUGGCAUCACCUGACAUCAGGCAUAUCACUAGAGAUGGAGAGUCGAAAUGUGAGGACGGUGUACAUGGGACAGGAAAAACGAACCAUGAUCUCAGAUGCUUACUGAAAGCACAACAGUUGAUCCAGACCAGAGGACAGGAUAUCUUCCUAUGUCAUCAGCCACACGCUCUCCUCAGUCUUCCUUCGACAUAUUCAGCCCGAUAAUGAAUAUGUGAUCACUUCUGAUGAAGAGGCUCCAAGGAGAAGAUCGAAUUCUACUCGAAACUUUACGGAGGUAUAAAACAAGAUUAUCUAAUUUCCGAAAUAUUCAUCAAACACUCAAGAGGUCAAACAAGGUUGACCAAUUCCACGACUAGAAAGAAUUACUUCAAUGUGGCAUUCUUAAAGAAACACUCAUAAAGUCAAACAAGGUUGACCAAUUCCACGACUAGAAGGAAUUACUUUCUUAAAAAAAAAACAUGGCUACCCAAGUAGCAGCUUUGGAUGCUUUGUCAUUCCAUUGUCGCUUUCAUAAAUGAUAUGAAAAGUUUGUCAACAUUUACACUAGUUUAAUUUGCGAGUGCUCUGUCCUUACAAGCACCAUUCAGUUGUUGUUCUCUAUGUAAACCAAAUCUGACACUAGUUUGGCAGUUUGCAUCCCACGAGCAGGUUGAGUGUACUGAUUUAAUCUGUUAAUAGAACUGACAGAAGUAAUGAACAUAUGAGAUUAUUUUUAUCUGAUGCAAUAUAAUUUAAUUUCGAUUAUAUAAAUACUGUAUAUUACUGACAGUUAUGUAACUACUGCCAGGAACAUGUAAUAUUAAAUACGGAUUAUACCCAAAUGAAGGACAAAGGUUCUUAUUUUUUUUUUCCUUUAUGAUUUUAUUAGGGAUGUAACCUACCACUUUAUGUUCAGCACCAUAUUUCGAGGAUAGACUGACCCUUUAGAUGUGCCUCUCAUAUUUGCCAAAGGUAUUAGACAAACAUUCCAUUGCAUUUACUAUGAGUACUGAAGACUGGAUACAGGUGAUUAAGUUGUGAUGAUUUAUAAUUUUUUCACACUGCGACUGAUUUAUGUAGUUGGGCUAUAAAGCCAAACAUACUGCUGUCAUUAUCAAUUGUAUCAUUUUGUUGUUACUCUAAUUUAUGAAUUAUUUUUAAUUUUCAAUCAAAACUGUAUUUUUUCAAGUGCAUAGCACUUAUUGUCCCUUACAGUGAUAUUCAACUGUUAAUAAAGCUGGUAACUAUGCUUUAUAUAGACCAUUAAUUA